AGAAGCUUUAGCAGCCUGUCCUGUUUGUGUUGAAGCCAACAGGCACAAUAUAUUACAGUCUAGGGCUUGCUGCUGAAAAGCCCGCUGGAUCCUCCACUGACCUGCUGUUCUUUCCUGCUUUCCUCUUGCGUUUUUUUUUUUCCACAUUUAGAUUAAAAACAAAGCUCUCACUCUCUCCUCCCUACCCCAAACCUCCUCCUCCUCCUCUUUCUUCCUCUCCUUAUUUCUGCUGCAGCAGUCAAGGCUUUAGUGUGUCAGAGAGACAGGGUGAAGAGGAGGAAAAAUAAGAGAAGGGGACUAUUUGGUUCAGCUGAGUGUUUAUGUUUGUGUGUUUUGCCAUUGGACUGCUGGGUGAAAGGGCGCAAGGACAAGCCACAAGAAGAGUGGGAAGAGGAGGAGGAGAAGUGUAAGAGAGGAGCUUGCAUGGACUGAAUUCUCUCUCUCAUGUCAGUACGUGUGGACCUGGACUGAUCACAAGCUGAGAAAAAAAAGGGGGACAGACACUGUAAGGCAGACGAGGAGGAGAGAAAGAGGAGGAGAAACUGACUUGGGUUUCACUAGGGAAAGGCAAAGGAGGAAGAAGGAGGCAAAGUCUGGUGCUCCGUUUUAUCAUGACCCUGUUGGAUGAACGAGCCGACGGAGCGAGGGUUCUUCCGCUGAGUGUCAGUGGGAAUUUGCGUUAGAAGAUAAGGACAGAGAGCAACAAGGACGAGAGAACCCAGCGAAGGAGCAGGGACAGUUCUCACCGAGUGUUUGAGAGUCUGGGUUUGUGUGUGACUGUGUGUGGGUCGGUGUAACCAGGUGGAGGGCAGAGGACUGGAGGGCCAGGGGAGUAACCUGGCCAUCAAACGGACUGGAAGCCUCUCCUCUCCUGGGAUCAUGUACCCUCAGGGCAGGCAUCCGGUCCCCUUGCAGCCUGGCCAGUCUUUCAAGUUCACAGUCCUGGAAACCCUGGACAGAAUCAAGGAGGAAUUCCAGUUCCUCCAGGCUCAGUAUCACAGCCUGAAGCUGGAAUGUGAGAAGCUGGCCAGCGAGAAGACGGAGAUGCAGAGGCACUACAUCAUGUACUACGAAAUGUCCUAUGGUCUCAACAUUGAGAUGCACAAACAGGUAGGAAAAAUUGUGUUUACCAUGUUUUGAUAUGUUUUGUGUUGUUGCUGGAUUACUCG